AUGGAUGAGGACGAAAAAAAUUUUAAUGAAAGUAAAAAUUGUACAAUAAAGGAUGUAAAGGAUGGCGAAAGCGAUGAAAAUCAAUAUGAAUCACAACAAAUAAAUGGGCAUAGUGUUGCACUGUCGGAACAACAAGAUGACAUAGCUAAUGUUGAUGAAAUUAAUCAGGAGAAUGAAAAUAAUCAUUCAGUGGAUGUUCUAUCGUCGAAUGGUGUUGCAAAAUGUUCCAAUAGUAGGAAUGAUGAAAAUUUAAUGAAGGAAAAAAUCGUGAAAAAAGGGGAAAAUUCCGAAAUUAUCACUAAAGAAUUAUCAUCGAUGAAUUCUUCGAAAUUAUCCGAAACAAUGCCAUCCAAGACGUCACUUUCUUCAACAUCAUCAAAAAACAUGCCUGAAUCAUCGUUAUCAUCUUCAGAUGGUAAUAACAGUGUAAGCACCGUUCAGGAUGAAUGUCGAACAUCUUUUUUGAUCAAGAAGCAAAUGAAUGAAAUUGAUAAAGAGAUCAAUCGACGAAUACAAAAUCGAAAUAUUAAAAAAAAGAUGGAUAUCUCUUCGAAUACUGAAUUGAAAUUAAGUAUUGAAAAUACAUGCAGUGUAUUUAUUUAG